CCGCCACCGCCCGCGCUUGGGGCCGCAGUCGGACCCCGCCGCCAUGAAUCUGCACCAGGUGCUGACGGGGGCCGUGAACCCCGGCGACCACUGCUUCUCUGUGGGCAGCCUCCGCGCGCGGCCCGUCACGGUUUAUGCGUCAGGAUGUGAUAUUGUGGUAUUGGGGACUGAUUUUGAAAGAUUACAAAUAAUCCCUGGAGCAAAACAUGGAAAUAUUCAAGUGGGAUGUGUGGACUGUUCUAUGCAGCAAGGCAAGAUUGCAGCUUCUUAUGGAAACGUUAUUUGUAUCUUUGAACCAAUUGCUCUUCUAAAGCAGAAGAACGAUCACCAUACUGGGCUACAUUAUCAGUGGCAGAAGACUGCUCAAAUUUUACUGGAAUCUAUUGCACAUAACUUAACAUGGGAUCCUACAGGCACUCGUCUCUUGACUGGUUCCAGUUCUCUGCAGCUCUGGUCCAAUGUUCAUUUGGAAGAUGGAAAUGCUGAAAAAAUAGAUGCUGGCUCAGGAGAAUGGAGGUGUAUCUGGCAAUGCAAAACUGCUUCCCAAGUUUGUUUAAUGAAAUUUUCACCAGAUGGAGAAUUCUUUGCUACUGCAGGAAAGAAUGAUUGUCUUGUGAAAGUGUGGUAUAAUACAGAGAGUUGGCGAUCAGCAGUAACACCUCCAGGUGCUACUCCAGAAAAACAAGCAUCAGAAAUUGAUUUUUCAUUUGUUUAUUUGUCCCAUCCUCGAUCUGUAAAUGGAUUUUCAUGGCGGAAGACAAGCAAGUACAUGCCACGUGGUGCUGUGUGUAAUGUACUCCUGACUUGCUGCAAAGAUAACGUGUGCCGUCUCUGGGCAGAGACUUUGUUACCAAAUGAUAGUCUGUUGUAUGGUGGUGAAUACAACCAUUGGACUGAACCAGUGAACUUGACCAAUAACUUCAAAAGAAAUGCUUCUAGUAAGGAACGAAUGCAAAAUGCCUUAGAGUUAAAUCUGAAACACUUCCGGCGAGGGAGGAGAAGGUCAGGUGCAGUCACAGCCCAUACUGGAUACUCACCACAUCAACAAGAUCCUCAUGAUGUUCAUCGAAACACUCCUUUGCAUGCAAAUGCACUCUGCCACUUCCAUAUUGCUGCCAGUAUCAACCCAGCUACAGACAUUCCUUUACUCCCUUCAAUCACAUCUUUGAGUCUCAGUGAAAAUGAAGAGAAAAGCGGGCCUUUUGUUGUGCAUUGGCUCAACAAUAAAGAGUUGCAUUUUUCCUUGUCCAUGGAAGUAUUUUUACAACAGAUUAAAAAGAAUUUUGAACAACAUUCUUCAGAAACCAGCACUGAAGAGUCUAAUCAGAUAGAUGGCAAAUCAGAUGAAGAAGCUGAUGAAAAUGUGGAGGAUCAAAAAGCAAACCAAGAAAAGAAGGAACUGAGCGAUGAAAGAGCUGUUCCGAAUUCAAGUUUUGUUCUUUUACCUUCUGCUGCUAUUGAUCAUGAGAUUGAAAUACUACUGACUGAAUGGAGUAAAAAUGCUGACAUGCUCUUUAGUAUUCAUCCUAUGGAUGGUUCAUUGCUGGUAUGGCAUGUGGACUGGCUAGAUGAAUACCAGCCUGGUAUGUUCCGCCAGGUGCAGGUAUCCUUUGUUUCAAGAAUUCCAGUAGCUUUUCCUACAGGUGAUGCAAAUUCUCUUUGCAGAAGUAUAGUGAUGUAUGCUUGUACCAAGAAUGUUGACCUGGCUAUUCAACAAGGCAAACAAAAGCCACCUGGCCUUGCACGCUCCUCAUCUAUGCUUAUCUCUUCCGGCCACAGUAAAUCAACCAACAGUUUAAAAUUAAGUAUCUUCACUCCUAAUGUUAUGAUGAUUUCCAAACAUGCAGAUGGUUCUUUGAAUCAAUGGCUAGUCAGUUUUGCAGAGGAAUCUGCUUUUUCAACUGUGCUGAGUAUUUCGCAUAAAUCCCGAUAUUGUGGUCACCGUUUUCAUCUAAAUGACUUGGCUUGUCAUUCAGUACUACCAUUGCUGCUUACAACCUCACAUCAUAAUGCUUUAAGGACACCAGAUAUCGAUAGCACCAAACAGACAAAUGACUCUUUAAAUUCUGGCGAGUCUCAUUUAAGACCUCAAAAUACAGGAACUGCAAGUGUAACGUCCCAGGAUCCCAAUGCCAUUUACAGUGAGCUUAUUCUUUGGAGGGUUGAUCCAGUUGGGCCUUUAUCCUUUUCUGGUGGAGUUUCGGAACUUGCACGAAUAAACUCUCUUCAUGUUUCGGCGUUUUCGAAUGUGGCGUGGUUGCCUACCCUUAUACCCAGUAACUGUUUAGGAGCCUACUGCAAUUCUCCGAGUGCUUGCUUUGUGGCAAGUGAUGGACAGCAUUUAAGAUUAUAUCAAGCUAUAAUAGAUGCUAAGAAACUUCUUUGUGAGCUCUCCAAUCCUGAAAUUUCUAAAUAUGUUGGUGAAGUUUUUAACAUCAUAAGUCAACAAUCUACUGCUAGGCCUGGAUGCAUCGUAGAGUUGGAUGCCAUUACAGAACUUUGUGGCAGAAGAACACAACUUCUUCACGUUUUUCACGAGGACUUCAUUUUGAAUAACCGGGAGGAGAAAAUGCCUGGAAAGAAGAAUGAUUUAUCAGAGUCUGGAAACUUGCAAAGUGGAUUCUCAGAAAAAUUUUACUUAAUAGUAAUUGAAUAUACUCAAAACUGCUCAUUAUUACACAUGUGGAACUUACACUUGAAGUCCAUUCCAGUGUCAGUCGUUGAGAAGAGAGCCUCCAAAAGAGAGCCUGAAACAACAAAGCAUCAAGAAGAGCUGCAUUCCUCACCUACAGAUCCAGAAAAGUUCCAGUCUCCCUUCACACAAAAAUAUCAGGCCUGUAAAGCAAACCUUCAAAGCACCAGUCGCCUUACUCUUUCUUCAAAAAUGGUUUAUAGUCAAGAGUUGGGUUUACCAGAAGGAGUGGAGAUAAUAAGUGUUAAGCCAUCAGCAGGACACUUGAGUUCAUCUUCCAUAUAUCCGGUUUGUCGUGCCCCUUAUCUACUAGCAACUUUAUGCUCUGAUGGCAAAGUUAGGUUCUGGAGAUGUAGAGUGACGGAUUCAGUAGCUUCUUCCGUGCCAGAAUAUAGUGAUGUUAUAUAUAUGUGGGAAGAAUGGCCAUUACUUAUUGAGGAUGGAUUUCUUAGUAGUAGUGCUGUUAACGUUCCAGGAAAACCAAUUGAAGUUAGCUGUGCACACACAAAUAGAUUAGCUGUUGCAUACAAGCAGGUAGUCCCUAAAAAUAGUCGCUUUUCCCAAGACUUCAUGAUUGAUGUUAGUAUUUUUGAAUGUGAAUCUACAGGAGGCUCAUGUUGGAUUCUAGAACAGACUCUUCAUUUAGAUGAAAUAGGCACAACGUUAGAUUCUGCUAUAAGUAUUGACAGCAAUUUAAUGGAGUAUAAUAAACAGGAAGUUUGUUUAUCUGGUAAUGGGAAAAUUCCGUCAAGCGCAAAGCACUUGGUUCACUUAGACUGGAUGUCUAGAGAAGAUGGUUCACAUAUCCUAACAGUAGGAAUUGGAUCAAAGCUUUAUAUGUUUGGUCAGCUGGCUGGAAAGAUGCAAGAACAAAAUGGUGUGGAGAGUGUUGCUUUGCCACUAUGGGAAACUGCAAAAGUUACACCCCUUUCUAGGUUUGUGUUGUUACGAUGUGUGGACUUAAUUUCUUCAGUAGAAGGAUCACCUCCUUGUCCAAUUUCUUUGUCUUGGGUUCGUGAUGGCAUUCUUGUAGUUGGGAUGGAUUGUGAAAUGCACGUUUAUUCUCAGUGGCAGCCUCCUUCAAAACAAGAGACAGCUGCUACAGACUCUUACCGUGGAAGCACACCAUCUAUAACUAGCUUAAUGAAACAAAGCCAGUCAGCUGGUUCUGGCCUUCAUCCACCAAAGCGAACCUUAACCAGAUCCAUGACCAGCCUUGCACAGAAGCUUAGUGGAAAGAGAACAAUAUUUGAUAUCCCUGUGGAUAUGGAAGAUUCUGGACUUUUUGAAGCAGCACACGCAUUAUGUCCCACUUUACCUCAAUACCACCCUUUUCAGCUUUUGGAGCUCAUGGAUCUUGGUAAAGUGCGGAGAGCAAAGGCUAUCCUAUCCCAUUUGGUUAAAUGCAUUGCUGGGGAAGUUGUUGCUGUAAAUGAAUCUGAAUCUAAUCAUGAUCGGCGACUUAGAUCUCUCACAAUCAGUGCUAGUGGAAGCACUGCUAGAGAUCCCAAGACAUUCAACAAAACAGAAAAUACAGAUUACACGGAAAUAGAUUCUGUUCCACCACUCCCUUUGUAUGCACUGCUUGCUGCAGAUGAUGACUGUUCCCAUUCCUGUUCAGAAAAGUCCAAUCAUAAAAAUAACUUAAGUAAACAAAAUGAUGUACCAGAUGAAAAUUAUGAAGAUCUUUUUCAGAGCUCCAGUUUAAGUACAGAUAAUCUCACCAUGUUUGAGGCAGAUGAAGAUGAUACAAAACCAAAGGUCAUUGAUCUUUCUCAGUAUGGCCCAACAUACUUUGGACUGGAACAUGCCCAAGUUCUUUCUCGCCACUUGCUUCAUUCAAGCUUACCAGGUCUCACUAGGAUGGAGCAGAUGUCAUUGAUGGCAUUGGCAGAUACAAUUGCCACUACUAGUACUGAUAUAGGAGAAAGCAGAGACAGAAAUCAGGGUGGAGAAACACUUGAUGAAUGUGGUUUAAAAUUCCUUUUAGCUGUUCGGCUUCACACGUUUCUGACCACCUCGCUUCCUCCUGUGCAUAGAGCCCAGCUGCUUCACCAAGGUUUAUCUACUAGUCACUUUGCCUGGGCAUUUCAUUCAGUAGCAGAAGAAGAACUACUGAAUAUGCUUCCUGCAAUGCAGAAAGGAGAUCCAACUUGGUCAGAACUCAGAGCCAUGGGUGUAGGAUGGUGGGUUCGAAAUAUCCAUACAUUGCGCAGAUGCAUAGAGAAGGUAGCUAAAGCAGCCUUUCAGAGAAACAACGAUCCACUUGAUGCAGCCAUUUUUUACCUUGCAAUGAGAAAGAAGGCUGUGAUUUGGGGAUUAUACAGGUCCCAAAAAGAAGCUAAGAUGACAAAGUUUUUUGGAAACAAUUUUACUGAAGAUAGAUGGCGUAAAGCAGCAUUAAAGAAUGCUUUUUCUUUGCUGGGCAAACAGCGUUUUGAACAUUCUGCAGCAUUUUUCUUGUUGGCUGGUCAUUUAAAAGAUGCAGUUGAGGUCUGCCUUGAAAAGCUGAAUGAUAUUCAGCUGGCUCUUGUAAUAUCAAGGCUCUAUGAAUCAGAGUUUGAAGUAUCCAGUACUUACAAAUCUGUACUACAGAAGAGGAUUUUGGGAAGUUCAUUUCAUGGGAAAGAGAGUUCAUCCAGCAUACACAGUGAUCCCUUUCUACGAAGUAUGGCUUAUUGGAUUUUGCAAGAUUAUAGGAGGGCUCUUGAUACUCUAAUUAAGCAGCCUGUUGGAGAUGAUGGUGAUGGACAUAACUCAUCAAGUUGUAACCCUGCAGUGUUUAAUUUCUAUAACUAUCUAAGGACGCAUCCACUUCUGUUGAGACGCCAUUUUGGCUCUUCUGAUGCACCUUCCACACGCAUAUGCUUAACUGUAGAAAAUGGACUAGCAGAUAAAAUCAAUCUAGGGGAAAGAAGGUUGUUCUUCACCACAGCAUAUGCUCACUUAAAAACUGGCUGUCCCAUGUUGGCUCUGGAAGUGUUGUCAAAGAUGCCAAAAGUGGUCAAGAACUCAAAGUCUUUUUGUAGAACUCCUAGCUUAAUAGAUAGUAGUAAAGACUGCUCACCAUCUUCUCCAGUAAGAUUAGAAACCCAAGAUAAAUCUUCUCUUGUUGAUGGGUCGCAACCAGUUCUAAAUGGUUUAGGAUCACCUUCAGAUGUUUCAUCUGAUAAGCAGUCAAGCUCAGCUCUUUCUUUUGAUUGGAGCCAGCCAAGUUUAUUAUUUCAAGAUGAACCUUUGGAACUAAAGUGGGACAGUGACAAAGAUGAGGAAAGUGAAGAUUCUUCUCUUGUAAUGAAACAACUGAAACCCAGACCCAAGACCAGUGAAAAGCUAGAUGAAACCAGUUCCAGCUACACAGAAUCUUUCAGUGCACUUGAUGAAACUGAUAUUUUAAGUCCAUCUGAAGAUGUUAUCUCAGCACAUUUGAAGUUUAGAGCAUGUUUGAAAAUUCUCACUGUAGAGCUUCGUACACUGUCAACAGGUUAUGAGGUAGAUGGUGGGAAGCUGAGGUACCAGCUUUAUCAUUGGCUUGAAAGGGAAGUGGUAGCUCUUCAAAAAACCUGUGACUACAGUGCUGAAGUAGAGCAGAUGAAAUCUGGGAUUACUAUGGUAGACAAAAUUUCAUUAAGUGAAAAUACUGAAGAGUCACCUGACCAACAAAAAGCCAUGAUUGAGAGAGAGAAUUUUCUAACAAGACGGCAAUGGCUUCUAAAAUACCAGUCACUACUGAGAAUGUUCCUUAGUUACUGUAUACUUCAUGGAUCUCAUGGUGGAGGACUGGCAUCUGUGAGGAUGGAAUUGAUUUUACUUUUACAAGAAUCUCAGCAGGAACAGUCAAUACAAAUUCCUUCUAGUCCUCUGCGAGAACAGAAUUCUAUACCACUUCUAUUUGCCUGUACAGCCAGUGCCAAAACAGUGGUGGCCAAUCCAUUACUGCACCUCAGUAACCUGACCCAUGAUAUACUACAUGCCAUAAUAGACCUUGAUUCACCACCUCACCCAGAUGUCCAGAAUAACAAAAUAUAUGUAAUGCAUACUUUAGCAGCAUCACUCUCUGCUUGCAUCUAUCAGUGCCUUUGUGGUGGCCACAGCUACAGCUCAUUACAAGCAAACCAGUUCACUGGAACAGUGUACCAAACACUGUUGCUUACCCAGCGCCAUUCAUUAAGAGCAGCAAGCUUAGAUGAAACCGUAACUCCGAAUACACCACCAGCUCAGUGGCCAGGAAUUACAGCUUUAAUACGGCUUUUGAAUUCUGCUGGGGAGGAAGCCCAGCCAGCACUCACAGUUUUACUCUGUGAAAUUCUAACAUCGGUCUAUCUUAGUCUGUUCAUACAUGGCCUAGCAACGCAUUCCAGUAAUGAGCUGUACAGGAUUAUGGCCCAUCCACUCAAUGACAAAAUGUGGUCUGCUAUCUUUGGAGGUGGAGCACAUAUUUCCAGCAGAGGACAGAUGCAACUGAGAACAAAAACUGUUUCUUCCCCUAUAGAUGAUGGUGAAAAACAACAGAAACGUUUUAGACUUUCCUCAAAAUUGUCUCCAAAAGAGAGUCCCCAGUCUCCAUCAUCACCAACAGUGGAACAGGGAUCUCCACCUUACAGGGAAAAAUUUAUUCCUCCUGAACUUAGUAUCUGGGACUAUUUCAUAGCAAAGCCUUUUCUUCCAUCCUCACAAAGUCGAGUAGAGUAUGAUUCAGAGGAGAGCCAAGGAAGUGAUGAUGAGGAGGGGGAGGAAGAUGUUUUUGCAUCAGAUUCACAACUUCAGGAGCAUUCUAAUUCAAAUUCAUACAGUUGGUCACUGAUGAGAUUGACUAUGAUUCAGAUGGUGCUUCAUAAUUUGAAGACUUUCUAUCCCUUGGCCGGACAUGAUCUUUCAGAACUUCCAGUUAGCUCCCCACUGUGUCAUGCAGUCCUAAAGACACUUCAGCGCUGGGAGCAAGUUCUUCUCCGACGGCUUGAGUUAUACGGUGGCCCCCCUCAAAAUUUUAUUUCAGUUCAUGCACCUGAGGAAGCAUUAUCUGCAGGUCCUGCACUCCUUCGCCACAAGGUUUUGCUUGAACCUACAAACACUCCUUUCAGCAGAUCUAAAAGUCAUGUUGCGUUGUCUGUGAAGAGGCUUUGGCAGUACCUGGUUAAGCAGGAAGUAAUACAGGAAACAUUUAUCCGAAAUAUAUUUACGAAGAAAAGAUGCCUCAAUGAGUCAUUAGAGGACCACAGUGAAACCGUCAAAAAUUCUAUGAUGGAGGAGCCCAUCAACAAUAAGAUAGAAACUGAUCUGGGAUAUCCAGGAAGUAAAGCACGAAUUAUUCAUAAAGAGUCUGACAUCAUUACUGCUUUUGCUGUCAAUAAAGCAAAUCGGAACUGCAUUGCCAUAGCUUCCAGCCACGACAUUCAAGAACUAGAUGUUUCUGGGAUUCUAGCUACACAAAUCUAUACGUGGGUUGAUGAUGAAAUAGAAACUGAAACUAAAGGGUCUGAUGACUUUUUGGUUGUACAUGCUCGUGAUGAUCUGUCAACCGUUCAGGGUACUACACCUUAUACUCACAGCAAUCCUGGCACCCCUAUAAACAUGCCUUGGCUUGGUAGUACACAGACUGGUAGAGGUGCAUCUGUGGAAUAUUCCAAUAAAUUUAAUGGAAUCAGAAAGGAAUUGGCAAGAAAAGAGAUGCUCAAGAAGGCUAUUAAUAAUGUCAGAAGAAUGGCUUCCCACCCAACUCUACCAUAUUACCUGACAGGUGCUCAGGAUGGUAGUGUGAGAAUGUUUGAAUGGGGCCAUGCACAACAAAUUACAUGUUUCCGCUCUGGUGGCAAUUCAAGGGUAACACGGAUGAGAUUUAAUCAUCAGGGAAAUAAGUUUGGGAUUGUUGAUGCUGAUGGAUAUAUAAGUUUAUACCAGACAAACUGGAAGUGUUGUCCACAUACUGGAAUCACCCCCAAACCAUAUCUGACAUGGCAGUGUCAUAACAAAACCGCCAAUGAUUUUGUUUUCAUCAGUUCCUCUUCUUUGAUAGCCACAGCUGGACAGUCUACUGACAACAGAAAUACAUGUUUGUGGGAUACGUUGGUUGGUCCUGCAAAUAGUUUAGUGCACGCUUUUGUGUGUCAUGAUAGUGGGGCAACUGUACUAGCAUAUGCUCCAAAACAUCAGCUUUUAUUAUCAGGCGGCAGAAAAGGAUUUACCUGUGUACUUGAUCUUCGACAAAAGCAACAACGACAGCUUUUCCAGAGUCAUGAUUCUCCAAUUAAAGCAAUUGCGGUGGAUCCUACAGAAGAAUAUUUUGUUACAGGAUCUGCAGAGGGCAACAUAAAGGUAUGGAGUUUAUCCACCUUUAAUCUUCUCCAUACAUUUGUCAAUGAGCAUGCUCGACAGUCCAUCUUCAGAAACAUUGGGACAGGAGUCAUGCAAAUUGAAACUGGACCAGCAAAUCACAUAUUCUCCUGUGGAGCUGAUGGGACAGUAAAGAUGAGAAUCUUGCCUGAUCGAUUUAGCCCAUUUAAUGAAGUGUUAAAAAAUGAUGUGAAACUAAUGCUGUAAUGUUUUUGUCAAUACUGUAUAUAACUUUUCAGAAAAUAUUUUCCAUGGAAGUGGCCAACAAAUGUAAUGUACAAUGAAAUCUGGUGCCACAAAAAAUUGAUUUUAUGUUAAUAUUUAUUUUCUGAAGCUUUAGUCCCUGAUGCACUGAUGCCUUAAAGAUUAACAGGCUCCUUCAGACUUUGAUUUAUAUUGCCUAAAGUAGAAACUAUAAAUGACUCUGUAAAAUUAUAUAUAUAUAUAUAUAUACACAUACAUAUAUAUUUAUAAUAUACUGAAGAUGUUACUGAAGUGUUUCACUUUUUUCCUUUUGUGAUAACCUCCACUCAAUGCCUUCAAGCACAAUGUCUUCUCAUACAUGACACCAGUCUUCUCUGAAGCCAGGUCCGAAGGGAACCCUUACAUUACAUGUCCCUUUAUUGUGGCAACCAUAAAAGCUUCUCUAGAUAUUUCACCUUCACUUUAACUCCUAGUCAACUGGAGUAAGUAUUUGCACCUUUUUGACUGGGAAUUCAACAAAUCUGUUUGGGAAGAAAAUACUCAUGAUACACCAGGGACUAGCCACACAGAGGUGUUCAUAUGAUGAACCACUAUCGCACUCCCGGUCCUGGAAUCCAGGCUUCUUGCCCUGUUCUUUCCUUUGACUUAGGGUAGAAGAAACUGAAGGAUAUUCUGUAAUUUUUCUAUGUGAUAGCUUGAAUCACUGCCAUCAGGAUGGCAGACUUAUCUUUUUAAAAGUCUAUUUUUAACCCUGAAACACUCCCUUUCAAAAAUACUGUAAAUAUUAUGUGGAUAUCUUCCUAAUAAAAAUAUUUAAAGAUGAUGUGUGUGAAGCUUUCGUCUUGAACAAACUAACUAUGUGAAGGUAUUGAUCAGAAUAAGGAAUUUAGAUUUUUUUUCUUUAAAGUGUAUUUAUUUCAGCACCUGUAAAGAGAAAACAACUAA